GGACAGUCUGAACUCGGGAGGGGAAGCGCUUCGUUGCGCUGUUAAAACUCCCAGGAUUUACACUCUGCCAUUUUGAGGAAAACCGGCCGACAUCAGAGUUCAAACGAGUCCGGUUAACAGAAGUCAUGACCUGAAUUAUCGUCCUGCUUCUGUGAAUUGAGGAGACAGCAUCUGAUGCGGGAGACAAUUAACCCAACAAAGGAGGAUCUGCUUGUUUGAACUGGUCAUCAAUCCCCUUCAGCCAUGUGUUCAACAAAUCACUCAAACUGGGUCACGUUUGAAGAUGACAACACACCGCUCUCAUCACCUCAGAAGCCCCUCCAGUCACCAGGGCUUAUCAAAGGAUCAGUACCACGUCCCAAUGGUCUGAAAUUAGUUCUUCCUCCAAUCAGAGACACUUCCUGGAGCUUUAACAGUUCCCUCGAAUCUCCUCAAAGCCAGUCAAGUCUUAGUGGAAGUUCCUGUGUACCAUGUAACACUCCCUUUUGCACUCCAGUGACUGGGGCUCCUAAUAGCGCAUCCCCAUUUCACACCAACACAUGGGAAAGGAACGACUUCUUUCAGAGUUUCUCCAGCACACCAACCACCUCUGUAUCCUCACCAGGACCAGAAUCCCUGAAUCAAACCUCAGACGGGCCAAGCCCUUUCCCCUCUUUCCGGGGAAACUCAGGACACUUUAACCCCUUCUGGGAUGGAUCUAGAUACAGUGCAGACGUGGGCAGCUCAUCAUCAGACUCAGAAUCAGACAACAGCCUACCACGUUUCUUUAUUCGGACCAAAGAUGGCAAUGAGCCUCCACGUGACCAACUCCAGAGCUCCUUCUCCUAUGUUUGCCAUAAACUGGAAGGCCUACAGGCGAAAACAGAGCAUGAAGCACAAAGAGAAAGAGACGGGGAAAGGCGACUAAGUUGCAAAAAUGAGGUUGUAAGGGAAGAUUCAUCUCAGUUUGUUCCCAGAGGCCUGUUUCGUAGCCAGAAGAGAGAUGGGUGGUCUAUAAUGCUCAGGAUUCCAGAAAAGAAGAACCGCAUGUCCUCCAGACAGUGGGGUCCGAUCUAUCUCCGCUUGUUACCUGGAGGCGUGCUGCAGAUGUACUAUGAGAAGGGACUUGAGAAACCGUUCAAGGAGUUCCAGCUUCUCCCUCAGUGUAGACUCUCUGAUCUGAAACUGGAAAGCUAUGGGGAGCCACGCAAAGUCCUCACUGUCAAAGUGGAACAUUUCUCCUACACGGAAAAGAAACGCUACCAUCCGAAGCUGGAAGUCAAUCAUGACGCAGAGAUAGAGCAGCUGCUCAAGUUUGGCUCCACAGCACACGACGACAUGGAAGACCUGGUUGUCUCCAUGGAAGAAGAAAUAUUCAAAUUAUGUAUACCCCACCAACAGAGGCGGCACUAUGAGGAGCAGGAGCUGUCAUUGCAGAUCACUGAUCAUAUUUGGGUACAACUGGACAAGUUCGGUGAAGUUAUGGAACGGACGGCCUUCACCCAGAUUCACUGCCUCGCUUUUUUGAACGGACUUGGCGAUUGUUUUCUUGCUCUUAAUGACCUUCUGCUGCUGCAGUUUGACUCAAGCUAUGGGUCUGAGGAAGAACUCUGGAUGGAGAUUACGGACUGCCACUUCCACCAGUGUGUGAGAGAAUAUGAGUUUCAGAAGUCCCGACUGAUUAAGUUCUCACCUCCUGAUGCGUGUAGGGUGGAGCUGAUGCGAUACAAGACCAUGGUUUUGGGCUGCACAGAAAUUCCCUUCUCGAUCAAAGCAGUAGUCACAGUUCAAGGUGCCUACGUGGAGCUCCAAGCCUUCCUCAACAUGUCCGCCACAUUUCUGUCCUCUGUGGGGACGUCUGACACGUACCCACUGUGUGAGAAUGUAGUGAUUCGGGUGCCAGUGCCAGGAGACUGGGUGAAAGUGACACAAACGGUGGCCUUACUGCGACAGAGGUCACUAAAAGCUCGCAUGAACAGAAAUGCGUGCUUGGGCGCUGUCGGUUCCACAGAUUCACAGCCAGUCAUGCAGGUGUCAAUUGGUACUGUCAAGUACGAGAAUGUAUAUUCAGCUGUCGUCUGGAGAAUCGACAGACUGCCUGCCAAGAAUACAGCAGUGGAUCAUCCUCAUUCAUUUUCCUGUAAGCUAGAGCUGGGGUCUGAUCAGGAGAUCCCUAAUGACUGGUACCCUUUUGUCACCAUGGAAUGUGAAAUUAUGGGGGCUGUGGUGUCCCAGACCAGGGUCAAGUCACUGGGCACUGUCAAUGACAUCCAGCCACAGAAACAUGUGACCAGUUGGACUCGCUAUCAUUGUCAGGUGGAAGUGGAGAAGAAAUGGAUCGAAACGGAGUCACAGAGGCAGUCCGGCUGCAUGACACAGUGAUGAAUAAAUGCUCUGAAAAAGACCUUUUCUCUGAUAUUUACCAAAAUCCCCCAAAUAGGGAGUAAGGAUAACGAAAAUGAGGUUGAUGAGGGACUUUCUGCUUGUAUCUGGUGUCAAAUUUUCAUCUAAUUACACAUAGCCUGGUAGUUUUUUUUUAAAUUUUUUUUUAUGGAGGUUAACUGAGUUUGUAUCCAUUAACUGAGACUGAAUUAGUCUAGACCUAAUAAACAAAUUAACAUGGUCCUUCUGCCUAGCACUUUACAUUUAAUAGUUGUAUUAAUUGUAAGAUUACAUUAUAUAUGAUGACUGUAUAUAAGCUUGCAUUUGCAUCAUCUGCACUGCCCUCCAGUCUUAAUGAGUGUACACAGAAAAGGCUCUGUGAGAUAAACAACUUCAGUAAUGAGUGGGAUUCAUUUAAUCUAGUAAAGCUAUUUUACAGUGAGUGUUCAAAGCUAGACACUCUUGUAUAUUACACAUAAUUUCAAUUCAGUAUUAAAUCCCAAAUUCUCUACUUAAAGAAUAAUAUGUAGUAAAGAAUUGGUAGUGUAAAUAUAAUGUUGUGGUACUGUUUUAAUAUUUUGCACUUCACUUUAUGCAGUGUAGCAGCAAAAAUAGGUUUAUUGGUACUAUGCCUUGAUUUAUACUUGACAGUACAUCAGACAAAAUGCAUGUGAUAGCCAAGAUAAUGUCAGCACAUCAUUUUAAUUGACACAAAUUACAGCUUUAAUCACAAUUAUUAGCACAGGGUGAGCUUAUUAACAGAAUUCUUGGCCAUAAUGAGGUGGAGGUUGAUAAAGUUAUAGCACUGUUCACGGUUAUGUGAGUAACGAACAAGAUCUUAAAUUUACUGUGCAAAGUCUUAGAAUCAUUAUGUAUAAAUAAACCUACACUGUGUUCUGCAUGAAAACUCAUUACUUUUGUUGCUUACCUUAAAUUGACCUUUGGCUUUAAAUCAAGGUUUUAUUCUGGAGGACUGUAUUUUUUUUUUCUAUUUAAACAAAUCAAAUGUCUAUUAUUUGAUCUUUUUGCCUCUGGUUGGUAGUCGGGAUGGAGUUAAAAAGAGAAUGGUGAAGCUUUAUAGUAAAAAAAAAAAAAACGCUUUUGAAGAUGACUUUAAUGUAUGCAGUACCUGGCUUAAGCUGGAUAUUAUGUACAUCAAGAGUAAAAAAUGGAAUUAACAUGAAUGGCUCGUGUUCCUUCUUAAUGAGA